CGGUCAAGAACUCAAGAUACUUAAAGAACACAUGAAUCAUGAACUCAUGACGCGACCACAUUUAUGUAUUUUUAAACUUGUUUUGUUUGUCUCGUGGUAGACUAGACCUUUACGCGCGUGCAGGUAUGAAACGUAUAAUGUACCAGGGCCAGCCUUGGCCCUAUGCGUAUGCAUUUACUUGGUUAUACAAUUAAAAAAACUUAUACAACGCCUGAAUUUUUGCUUUUUUAAUUUUUAUCAUCAGCUGAAGGCCGCCUUUAAAGCGCAUUACUGAAACAUAAAAUUUAGUAAUUAAUUAAUUUAUGGUUUUGGUCUUUUGGCCGAUGUUGUUUUGGUUUGUAGGAGCAGUAUUUACUUUUUAGGGUAUAUAAAAUAUCUAGGAUCUGACAACUUAAACCAGGAUUAUUAUCCGAUUUUCAUUCAGUUAACCGGUUCUCGUGUGAAUAAAAAGUCGUGGUGUAAGGCGAACCAACUCGUGUAUCAACUUGUUUUGAUUCAUUCCAACAUGUUCCUUGUUCAAACUUCAUCAAAAUGUUUUCAAGCCGAGUUUCUUCCCAAAUAUGAGUCAGAUCUCAAGAAAAUUCUACAAGACCAGAAUUGCCGUUAUUAUAUCUGUGUAUAGCAUAACAUAAUCCAACUUUUAAGUUCAUUUGAGUUUAACAUGUUGCGUCCACCUAUUAACAUAUUAUAAUGUGUUUAGCUUUUUAAAUGCAACCGCGUAUGAAUGUGCCUAUUUACUUGGAACUUCAGUUUGAUAGUCUGCAUGUGUGAGGCACUGAAGACUAUAUAUAAUUUAAUAAAUUUUGUUUUUAACCAUUUAAAGAGGUUAUGUACAUUAAUUACCUUUUAAUAUUUUGGGAGCUUUAUGCCAAUCUUUCACUUAUCUAGGUCAAUGACCCAUCACUACUAGCUUUGAUAUAUAAAUCAAAUCUUCUAAAAAUUGUGACUGAUUUGCUACAUAUAUACUUUCUGUCAGCAACCAAUGCUGCAGUAGACCUUACAAUCUAAAUGGUACGGAUCAAUAAACAAAAGUGUCGACCACAUAGUUGUAAAGUGGUUUACAUGAAAAGAUAAAUCUGCAUCAAACUACCUAACCAAGACAUCAAGCAAUCUAAACCGGAAUCAGAACUCGGUUUAGAGUGAAGCAGCUAGGACCAGGUCUUGUAACCCCAUGUGGACUUGGACAAACCGUGUCUUAGUGAAUUUUCUAUUACGAUAUCCUACACUUUGGUUCAAAAUGUUGAAAACUAUUUAUUUUUGUAGUAAAGUCAAAGUCAAAGUUCUUAUAUGUGUGUGUCUACAUAAACAUAUAUAAGAUAGUGCGACGAAGCUUGCACAGGUCAAACCACGGGACAUCUCAAGUACCCUAUAUAUAAGAGUGAUUAUCGAAUUAACAACACACACAAACCAAAAAGACCCUACACUUCCUAACCAAUAGAAAGCUCAAAAUCUUGUUUUGUUUGGUCUUCCAUUCAAGAAAAAAGAAGGAAAAAAUAUAAGUAUCAUGAAGAGACAAAUAGUGCUCGUAAUUAUCUUAGUUGUUAUUUUCCUUAUUGUCUUGGACGUUACGCAAGUUGAAGCCAGGCGCAUGAGGCCUUUCCCGGACGCUGUCGAUGAGAUCAAACUACUGUUUCAGGCGUUGCAAAGAGGUCCGGUCACUGGCUCUGGUCCGAACGGUUGCACCAAUAUUCCUCGCGGUUCAGGGAGGUGCCGCAACGGCUAAAGCUAUCAUACAAAUCUCCUUCAUCAUUAUUUGAUUCUUUUCUUUCCCACAUUUGUUUGUUCCGUACAUAAUUACAUAUACGUAACUAUAAGAUAGCUUUAGAAUUGGUCUCAUAACAUCUUGAAUUGUAAUCUACGGAAGGUUAGCUGGAAGCUACAUUUAUAGAAACCAAUGUAAUAAUCAAACGAUUUUUUUCAUUUAAUAAAAGAAACUUUAUUGAGAAUGCACAGACAGCAACUCAAUGAACUUGAAUUAGAUAAGUUAUUGAUUCGGCAGUGUUUACUAAUAGUCUUGUUACUAAUCGUACUCUUGUGAAAUGUAAGAAAGCUAGAAAGAGAACAUGUACGGCACACGUGUGUGUACCUGUGUGAAACUGCUCUAUGUUCUUCUGUAGCCAAGCAUCAAAUGCUUGUAAUAACGACACCGAAUGAUUCGCUGCCAUCAACAUUUGGUUGAGUACCAAGAACUCAUCUUCAUUCGCUCUUCGAUAAGCCUGUAAUGUCAAUCACGCAUGUGUGUGAGGAGAGAUUUUCAAAGAGAGAAGGUAGAUGGGAGAAGGGAAGAAGUUUGCUCACCAUCUAACAAGGCAUCUUUUAACGCCUUGAGAUAUAGGACGGAAGAAAGACGGAUCUCUCUGAGUAUAUAGUAUCCCAACCUGGACCAGACUCAAAACCCUAUUUAUUAAAAAUGGUCUAUUAGUGUCUAGUCUACAG